UGUCACCUUAGGAAAUCAAGACAUAAAUUGACUAGUUUUUUUUCAAAUUUACCCUUAGACAAUAAAGUAACAUCUAAAUGAUGAUUGAAAAAGUCACAUAGUAACUUGGUAGUGUUGGAUUGUAUUGUUGGAUUUCCAACGUCAAAAGAUUUACUUCUUGUGCAUGCUCUAAUCAAAAGGUAAAAGUAAUUUAUAUUUAUUAUAUAGGGGUAAUUUGAUAAAUUUUAUAUUACAUUAUUGAUUUCUUAAUAUGUGUGUUUUUGGCUAAGGUGACACUUAUUAUGGGACGGAGGGAGUAUAUUCUUAUGUGUGUAUUACUAUGUGUUGCCUAUUUGUUUGGUAUCUUGAUAUUUUACUGUCUUAUUUCUCUUGCAAUCCUGCAUUGACUACGUUUCUUUUGAGCCGAACGUCUAUCGGAAACAGCCUCUCUACCCCAUAAAGAUAGAGGUAAGGUCUGCAUACACCCUACCCUCCUCAGACCCCACUUGUGGGAUUACACUGGGUAUGUUGUUGUUGUUGUUGUUGUAAACGUAUAAGGCAUUAGGUGCAACUGAUGGAAGGACCUCAUGGGAAAAUUACCCAAUUUUAUAUAUAAAGAAAGAAAAAUUGGAGGUAAGCUGGUUUUCAGACAUCUUUUAUGAGGAAAAUGUAUAAGGUAAAAAAUGGGUAAAGCUGUAAGCAAAAAUUAGGAGAUUUUCUUACAGAUGACAUUUGCAUUUUGUAGAAGAACUCCUUAUUUGUCUUUCCAUUUUGGCUGGACACUGUAAUGGUUCUACUUGUGUAUGCUCUCUAGUUAUUGUCUAUCGAUAUUAGCUCCGUUUGGAAUCAAAUGGUUGAAAUUCAAAGAUUUCUCACCUGUCGUUUUGCUUACGUGAUUUUACUGUUUCACACCACUAUUUCAUUGGAUCCGAAUACUCCAUUGCACUGUCCUUUAUUGCUCUUAAGUCUUGCCUUUAAAUCCCCCAACAACACUAAAAUUAAGUAGAUAACACAUUUCAGGCCCUGCAAUAGAAUAAGUUUGUUGUUUGUUCUUUUAGAAAGUUGUCAAUGUUAACUUUUAGUGGAUAUGCACCCAUUGGCUACCAACCUUGAGUUCCCUUUUGACCGUGUUAAUUAAUUUAGAGUUUUUUAGCUGCUUGACUAUAUCUUUCGAUUGCUCAGGAAUUUGUGAAAAGUACCAAUUUGAUCAAAAGUCACUAAAAAUGAUAACAAGUGCUGAGGACCAUUGGAGUCUUAAGUGAAAAUUACAAAUGCAGUGCAAGUAUUAAUGAAGAAAGACACAAUUGAAGCAAAAAAUUUAAAGAAUGUGUGUCUGAUUUAAGAAUAAUAACUGUAGAUAUAAAGUAUAUGGACAAAGUACUAGAGAAUAAUUAAGUGAAAGAGUUAUAUUUAGUGUUGCCCUUGUCAAGACAAAGCUCAUGGGUAAUGAGACACACACCUUUAAAUGUCUUAGUGCCUGAAGUCCUGAACUGAAGUGUUGCUUAAGCAAGAUGAAGUGCUAAGCGUAUUUGGCACCUAACUUGAGGGCUUAAGCGUCUCUCUAGCGAGUCUUUUACAACACUGCUUUUAUCCGGGUUCUUUUAUUUGUGUUUGACACAUUUUAUGUGUUUGAAUCUAGUAUUUCUAUUAACUAUGUCGUAUUAGUCUUAUGAGAACACCUAAAAAUAUAUAUAUUUUCUUUGCAUUUCACGUGUCAAGUUCGUCAUGCUUUCCUUGUGUUCUGUUUCCUACUAUUCCUACACAAGUUUUUCAUGGCAACCUUAAUGUUUAUUGACCAAGACAGGCAUGGGGAAGUGAUAUGUGGUAUCUGUCCAUCCUCUGGAAACUUAGUCACCAGGUUAUAGACACAAGACAACAGUACAUUAAGCUCAAUAAGUCAAUGAGGGUGUCUGCUUGAUAGUUCAACAGAUGUUGCUCAUACUACCAGUUCACCCAAAGCAUUGCUGCUAUUAUCUGUUACAAAUUUACAUGUAUUUGUUAGCUAACAUUAUUGACUCUUAAGGUUAAAUUAUAUUUUAAAGCGACUAUUGAUGUGAGUGAGUAAGAUUCAAGAUUCUUCUGUAGACUUUUUUCGCUUUAAUUUAGUCCAAAUGUCUUUCUAGCGAUAGUUAAGAAAGAUGGAGAUAUUACAGCUGGUAGGGAAAAUGUACUUUGUCAGAUGUUCUAGAGAGCUGUCUUUAUUGUGACUUUCGUAGCACUUAGUUCAUGGGUGCAUAAUAGACUUUGUAGACAACCUUAUUUAUUUAUCUUCUGGAAUGAAUUCCCUACUUCCACUGCUUAAACUUUAUGCACUUUUAUGUUUAAUUCAGUAAGAGUAUGAACAUCAUUUUGUUUUCGUUAUACAUGAAAAAGAAUUAUAUUGUCAUUCAUUUGUAAAGCUGGAAAAGUUAUAGAAACAUACGUUUCUUUCCUUAUGGUGAAACUUUCUCUUUUUGGUUUGUCAUAGUUUGUCUUUGGGUUGCUACUCGGGUUUGGGAAGUUGAUUUUAGUGUUUGACUAGGUUGACUACAAAUUUGCAUAUUGUGUUUCUGACUGGAAUAGGAGAUAGAUAAUUUGAUGAUAUUGGAAGUCUUCAAGGUAUUGGCUUUCUCAUGGCUGGCGCAGACUAUAUAACUAUUGAUGCUAUUGAAGGUCGGCAAGCCCCUUUACGCGCAUUGCGUUCAAAUGUCAUGAAGUUGUUAGAGGUGGAACAGAGAAGCGAUGCAAUAAACAAGCAGAAAUUUGACUUGGAACUACAAGCCGGCAAGGUCAUAUCUGAACUAGACAAGAAUAUCCUCUUUCUUAUGUUGUUCAUAGGAGGAAUGAGCAUGUACCUAACCACCAAAAUACCGUCUGCUACUGCCUUUGCCAUCUCUGUUCUGUUGAUGUGUUUAUUUGUGGUUGUAUCAUUCAUGCACAUCAGCAUGGCAAAAUCUAGGAUUACAAGUAUGAAUGUGAUCAUCAAGAUUUUGACAGAAAGAUAUAAAGAGGUGAGAGUAGAUGCAAGAAUUCUAAUGGAAUUGGAAGAAAGCAGGAAAAGAAGGCUAGCAGCAAAUGUUGUGGAUAACAGUGAAGAUCCUAUUGUGGACAUGGAUUUUUUUAUUGCCAGAACUAAAACUAUUUGUGAUGCUACAGAUUCUUCUGACUUUGAGAAAGUUUACCAUAAGAUAAUCUAUAUGUCUUGGGGGAUUGGAGGUAUCUACAUUCCUUUGGUGCUGGUCAUGUCAUAUUUCAACUAUUACUACGGUGAGUAUUUUCUUUUCUAUGAUUUUUUUUUUUCACAUAAUGUACAGAAAGAAGUUUCAAGCUCUUACUAAAUGAAUUUGAAGUCUAUUUCUUGAGUUAAAAAAAUGAAUUUGGAGCCUGUUUUGGUUGAGAGCCGUUCAAAUUUCGAAGUAAUGGAGUUGAUUUGUGUAAUUUCUUCUCCCCCAGUAAUCUUGUAAGUGUAGAUUUUUUUUAUUCUUUACGGAUAAUACUUCGGAUUAUGUUCGCGUGGUCACAGCAAUGUUCCUUGAGAACAAUAGAGAAAAAUACUUGGUAUUUAAAAUGAGUUCUCAGUGUGGUCAAACUCACUUUUGAGCACACCCGAUAUUUACGCUAAGUCAAUAAACAUUGGACACGUAUUUUUUAGCUGCACCUUCAUUACUAGUCAUGAUUGAUUAAUCUUCACCUCAAUUACCACUUAACUAUGGUGAA